UCGAUGCGUGGUCUUGUCGUCUUCAUCUCGGAUCUGAGAAAUGCGAGAGUACGCGAAUUGGAAGAGAAGCGAAUCAAUAAGGAGCUGGCCAAUAUUCGGUCAAAGUUUAAGGAAGCGAAGUUGGAUGGGUAUCAGCGGAAGAAAUAUGUUUGUAAGUUGCUCUAUAUCUACAUCCUUGGCUGGGAUGUCUCCUUCGGUCAUUUGGAGGCAGUCACCCUCGUGUCCUCCUCGAAAUACUCAGAAAAGCAGAUCGGAUACCUCGCCGUCACGCUCAUGCUCCACGAAAACCACGAACUCCUGCACCUCGUCAUCAACUCCAUCAAGAAAGAUCUCGACGUAAACAGCGAACUGUUCAAUUGCCUUGCCCUUCACGCCAUCGCGAACGUCGGAAGUAAGGAAAUGGCGGAGGUGUUGAGUCCGGAUGUACACCGACUACUUAUCUCACCGACGAGUAAGCCGUUUGUGAAGAAGAAGGCUGCUCUUACAUUACUCAGACUAUACCGGAAAUACCCAGGGAUUAUCCAGCCCUCGUGGGUAGAGCGCAUCAUUGCCAUCAUGGAUGACCCGGAUCUUGGUGUGACGUUGUCCGUGUCUUCGCUCGUGCUAGCAUUGGUACAGGAUAGCCCGGAGUUGUGGCAAGCGAGUUUGGUCAAGGCUGCUGGACGACUAUACAGACUCGUUGUGAAGCGGGAAUAUUCGGAGGAGUACCUGUACUACAAUGUACCAAUCCCGUGGUUGCAAGUCAAGCUUUUGCGGUUGCUUCAGUAUUACCCGCCAUCAGAUGACCCAACAGUCCAGAAACUUAUCGGCAAAUCACUCCAGAGAAUCCUCGACACGGCGUCAGAACCGCAGAAGAACGUACAGCAGAACAAUGCGCAAAACGCAAUUCUCUUCGAAGCUAUCAACCUUUCCAUUCACCUUUCAUCUGCGCCAUCAUCUCAGGAGUACUUGGCGCAAUGCACGGCAUUACUCGGCAAGUUCAUUUCGAGCAGGGAGACGAAUGUGAGGUAUUUGGGAUUGGAGACGAUGACGCACUUGGCAUCAACCUUGGAGGAUUUGAGACCGCUGCAGAAGCACCAGGCUACUAUCAUUCAGUCAUUACGGGAUCGAGAUAUUUCUGUCAGACGGCGAGGACUGGAUUUGUUGUACAGCAUGUGCGAUUCGUCGAACGCACAGGUUGUCGUAGCGGAAUUGUUGAGGUAUUUGCAAAGCGCGGAUUAUUCUAUCCGCGAGGAGAUGGUUUUGAAGAUCGCAAUCUUGACGGAGAAGUUUGCAACGGACGCGACGUGGUACAUCGACAUCACUCUGCAAUUGCUAAGUUUUGCAGGAGAUUAUGUCAGUGACGAGGUUUGGGAACGUGUCGUGCAGAUCGUGACGAAUAAUGAGGAGUUGCAGGAGUAUGCCGCUAUGACGGUAUUGCAGCACCUCAAGAGUCCAGCAUGUCAUGAGAGCUUGGUAAGAGUUGGUGGAUACAUCUUGGGUGAGUACGGGCAUUUGAUCGCCAACACACCUGGUUCGGCACCUAUUGAUCAGUUUAAUGCGGUUCAUUCCAAGUUCGCGGUGUGCUCCCCGGGGACGAGGGCAAUGUUGUUGAGCACGUAUGUCAAGUUCAUCAACUUGUUUCCGGAGAUCAAGCAUGUGUGCAUGAAAGUGUUCAACACGUAUAGCAAGAGCAUCGAUGCGGAGUUACAGCAGAGGGCGUGUGAGUAUCUGGCGUUGGUUUCCAUGCCUACCGAUGAUCUGAUGCAAACUGUGUUGGAGGAGAUGCCACCAUUUCCGGAACGACAGAGUGCAUUGUUGAAGCGAUUGCAUGGAAAGACUGGCGAGACGGAGGAUAAACGCAUCUGGGUCUUGGGUGGGAAGGACGCGAGCAACGAGAAGGAAGCUCUGAAGUUGAAUUUGAGCGGUGUGCAGAAGAGGACGGAGGCGAACGGAAACGCGACGUCGCCUGGGCAGGAGUUGGUGAUGAGUGGUUUGGAUAUGAAUAGUCCGGUGAAUUUGGCUGCGCCAUUGUUCCCGAACUUGGCUAGCGCGGCGCAUCUCAGUCCUGGGUGGGAGGAAGGGUAUUACUCUCUUCUGUCACGGAAUGAGGGUGUUUUAUAUGAGGAUGAGCAGAUUCAGAUUGGGUGGCGGUCGGAGUUUCAUGGGCCGUUGGGACGUGUGGCGUUGUAUUUUGGAAACAAGACGACGGCGACAUACCAGUCUCUUACUUCAACGGUGGAGAACCCUGAUAAGAGUGCCUUGUCGAUCACUAGCCCGCAUUUGCCGAGUACGACUCUGCCAGCGGAGGGACAGACGCAGCAGAUGCUCAACGUUGAGUGCUUGGGUGUCUUCCGCGAGGCACCUACGAUUCGAAUUUCGUAUCUUGCGGGUGCGUUACAGGCAGUAACGCUCAAACUCCCCGUCACGCUCAACAAAUUCAUCGAGCCUGCUCAACUUGGCGCGGAUGACUUCUUCCCACGAUGGAAGCAGAUCGGCGGUGGUGAGCGCGAGGCACAAAAGAUUUUCAGUCCCGUCUCUGGCGAACGCAUUGACUUGGCUAGAAACAGGAGAUUGGUCGAGGGAUUGAGGUGGGCAGUGUUGGAUGGUGUCGAUCAGAACCCGAAGAAUAUCGUUGGUGCUGGUGUGUUGCAUAGCAAGACCGGAAAGAUUGGUGUGUUGAUGAGGUUGGAGCCGAAUAUGGAUCAGAACUUAUUCCGGUGCACGAUUAGAGCGACGAAUGAGGCUGUUCCGAAAACGUUGAAGGAUGUUGUGUUGGAUGCCAUGAAGGCUUAUUAAGUGUGGGGAGGAGGUUCAAGGUAGCAAGGACCAGUCAAAAAUACUCGGAGUUUAUUUAGGCGCAUAUUAGGAUACCAGGAUUCUCAACCGUUCACUCGUUUUGUUCCGUUGUCCGCGCUUGUAUAUGGCUGUUGGCAAAUCGCCUUUCCUACUGCAAAACUGGGCAUAGCGACAUGAAUGAAAAGGGCAAAUUGCAGGAGGU